GGUCAACGGUUCUACUGCCCGUUCUGCGGGAAAUUCAACGAUGUGCCCUGGCAGCACUACCAGCACACUGCAGGAGUGGAAGGCGUCCGUGUGGACCGCGACCAGAGGCCGGAGCUCCGCAUGGGGUCCUAUGAGAUACUCCACCCCAACAAGGAGGAGGCAGCUGUUCUCCUGCUGGCUCUGGACGUUUCCCCCCCAGCGCUCAGAGGUGGACACCUGGACUAUGUAACACAACAGAUACGCACCGUGCUCCACUCUCUACACAGGGAGCAUGGCACCACUGAAACCCCCCCAGCAGACCUCAGGGUGGGCCUGAUGACCUACGACAGCAGGAUCCACCUGUACGACCUCAGCCCCACUUUGUCCCGCCCACACAUGCUGGUUGUCACGGAGACGGACGACCUACAGCUCCCUGUGAGGGACGGGCUCCUGGUGUCGCUCAGAGACUGCAUGGACAGCAUUGACAGUGUGUUGCAGCAUAUCCCCCUGUUCAGUUCGGAUGGGGGGGACCACGGCGUUCCCGUUGAGCUGCCCAUCAGAGCUGGACUCUCUAUACUACAGGCCAUGGGUUGUCCCGGUAAACUACUACUCUUCCACACGGCUGCCCUAACGGAGGGGAAGACACACAUCUCAGGGUUCUUUGGUUCAAACAAGCCAAAGUCUAUCUUUCAGCCAUCAGAUCCUGCUGUUUCAAUGGCCAGGGAAUGCACCAAUCAGGGCUGUGGUGUGCACCUAUUCAUGCUCUCCCAACAGGAUGUGGGAGGGGCUUGGCCCGGAAACAUCCCCUAUCUAACAGGAGGAGUUCUUUAUGUUUACAAUAACCUGCAGGGGGAGCUGGAGAGGCAGUGUUUCAGCACAGACCUGAGGAGCACCAUGGAGGCUCAGACAGUCUACAAGGCUCAGCUCAGGAUUCAUGUCAGCAAAGAGUUGCGUGUCUCUGGCUGUUACGGGCUCUUCAACCCCGGGGACAAGCCCAGCCAGGUUGCCCUGGCAACCCUUGAUUGGAGGACAACACUAGCUGUAGAACUUGCAUACCUGAGGGAUCUGGAUGAGAAGAGGGGCGUGGCCAUACAGGUAACGGCCACCUACAGCGACGCUGCGGGACAGAGACGCAGCAGGGUUCACACGCUGGUGCUGCGCUGCUCUCGCCACCUGCUGGACACGUUCCGCCACUGCCAGGCGCAGACGCUGCUGUCCUUCUACUGCAAGAAGACCUACUGUGCGGUGUUGGAGCGCCCUCUGCAGGACCUGAGGGGGGAACUGCAGGCAGAGGUCACGGCUGCCCUGGCCUGUUACCGUAGACACUGCAGCUCUGCUUGUGUCUCUACAGGACAGCUGGUGCUGCCUCCGCCACUCCGCCCGCUGCCCGUCUACAUCAACAGCCUGAGGAAGAGCGAGGUGCUGCUGCCCGCCCUGCGCAGCUCGGUCCACCAGCGGCUGCAGCUGCGGUGCCAGGUCCUGCGCAUGGACGCCUCCAGCACCGCCACCCACUUCUACCCUCUGCUGCUCCCGCUGCCCAGGUGUGUAGAGGACUGCAGCGACACGGCGGGCCCCCCGGACCCCGCUGACGGGCUGCGCUGCACAGCAGACAGCCUGGAGCAGGGGGGCCUCUACCUGGUCAGCGGGCCCCUGGCCCUCCUUCUCUGGGUGGGGAGCCACGUCCGCCCGGACACCCUGGUCCAGCUCUUCAACGCCAGCUGCUUCUCCUCCCUGCCCUCCGGCGAGACAAAGAUGUGUUCUCUGGACAACUCCUUAUCCACCAGAGUCUGCUCUCUCAUCGACACGCUCAGUUCCCAGGCUCCCUACGCCCGCAAGCUGUGGCUGGUGAAGCAGGGGGACGGGUGUGAGGAGGCGCUGCAGCGCCACCUGGUGGAGGACAAGAGUCCCAACGGGGGAGCGUCCUACGCCGACUUCCUCUACCACCUUCACAUCAACUCAGUCAAGCUGCUGCAGUGAAAACCCAUCACACACACACACACACACACACACACACACACACACACACACACACACACACACACACACACACACACAGGAUCACGGAUGGGGGACAUAAUCAUGGACUGUUAUAUAUGACACACACACAUAUGUGUGUGUGUUUAUAUAUUUGAAUUAUUUAAUUGAGAUACUACUCAGAUACACUAUUUUUCACCAGGCCCACAAAUUGAAGAUAUUGUAGCCUCGGGGAAAUCA